UUAAACCUAAAACCCGGUCGCCGUGGACUGUCGAGCUCCUCAGGCAAGUGUGGGCACCCACAGCUGAAGAACUCGCCAGUGGGCGCGGAGGAGGCCUGCUCGGCCAGCAAGUCCUGCGGAGUCCUAAUCCUUCUCGGCUGCUUCUGGCGUCUCAAUCCUCGCCUCCAAGCGGCGGCUCGCAGGGCCGGGACGCGGAGCCCGGACGCGGAGCGGGCUUCGGAUCAGGGCGGUAACCUGUUUUUGAGCUCCCAGCUGGGCGAGUGGUCGCCACUAGCUUUCAGUGAUGGAGUACCCAGGGAUAGAAGAUGACUCUGUUACCUCUGGAAUUAAGAGACGAGUGAAGGAUAGAAUUGCAAAGACAAAGUUGAAUGUUUCUCUUGCUUCAAAGAUCAAAACAAAAAUAUUAAACAAUUCUUCUAUUUUCAAGAUCUCUCUAAAGCACAACAACAGAGCAUUAGCUCGGGCCCUUAGUAAAGAGAAAGAGAAUUCUCGAAGAAUCACUACCGAAAAGGUGCAAUUACAGAAAGAAGUAGAGAAACUGAAUUUUGAGAAUACCUUUCUUCGCUUAAAACUAAAUAAUCUGAAUAAGAAGCUGAUAGAAAUAGAAUCACAAGUGAGCAAUAGUUUGUUAACUGCAAUUGAAAUGAGCAGUCUUUCUGAGUUCCAUCAAAGUUCUUUUCUCCUGUCAGCUAACAAGAAAAAAAGGAUCAGUAAACAAUGCAAGCCUGCACACCUUCCAUACGCAAGAGUUCUAAUAACUUCAGAAAAUGAUGAUGAUGAUGAUGGUGAUGAUGAUAAAUGGAAAACAAAAUGUAACAACAGAACUAUAUCUAAGACAUCACCUGAUAGUACCUCUUCUGUAUCAAGACAGUCUUUAUCCUUACAUCAGUGUAAUUUGGAAGUAUUCCUUCCUCAAGAAGAUAAUCAGAAAACAUGUGAAUCAGGUCAUUCAGAAUAUACUUCAAGUGUUGAUGUACUUCCUAAUGAGAGCCAUUACCACUCAGAUCAAAGUCCUAAGAGUUUUCUGAGUAAGAUGAAAGAUGCUCCGUCUCCCAGCCCCAGAAAGGAAAAAUUGUCACUUGGUAAUGUGACUAAGAGGAAGAAGGGUGUGUCUUCAGCUGCAGACAUUUUGCGUGUGGCAGAUUUAGAUCACCAAUCAAUUUCAAGUCCAGGAUCGAAUUGGAAUAAUGAGAUAAAUGGUUGUACUAAUGAAACCAGUAAUAACAUGCAAAGAAAUACAGAGUGUUUUCCUGACUUACCUUCUGAGUCUUCCAGUGGUCCUAAUGCAAAGUGCAUGGAACAGGUACAGAAGAACACUGAUACCUUUCACUUGCAGAAAACUGUGUAUGAAGACGCUGACAUGGAGUUAACUGCUACUGACAUAGGCAAGAUUGUAACAAUUUCAAAAAGCAAUAAAAGUCAAAAUAAGAAAAAGGCAGAUUGUAGAAAGGAGACUUUCAGAAAAGUGAAAGGUCCAAGCUCUGAUAGGAAGAAAGAAAGAUCAAAGAGAAAAUGUAAAGCUAGUUCGGAAGGUGCUGAGGGAAAGACUGAAAACAGACCAGAGAGAGGCUCUGGUGUCCUAGAUGGCAGAGGGGAUUCAGAAGAUCCAAACUGUAUUUCCAAUAGUGAACAGCCAUCUCAGGUAAACAUGCAGAAGGAAAUAACCUUCCAGAAGAGCUCAUAUCAGGAGAACAUUCAAAAUCAAAGGAGGCAAACGUAUACGACAGAUGAGCAAGAGGAAACAAACCCUUUCUCCAGAUGUUCAGUCAAAUUCCUUCAAGAUGGUAAAUUUGAUCCGUAUCAGAACACCCUACACUGUGAUUUAAGUAAGCCUUCUCGGCAGACAUUUGUAAUUCAAACAUCAGAAAAAGAUAACUUACUGCCAAACCAAGACAGUAAAGAGAACAUUUCUGAAAACCUAGAAGAUGCAAAUGAAUUUCAUAUAGCUCAUCUUUCCAUCAAAGAUAAUGAAAAUGUAUGUGACCAUGAAACUCAGACAAUUUUGGACUUGAAAAAGAAUGUCAAUGCUCAGCAAAAUCAAGCAAAAAUAAAUAAGACUAAGCAGAAAAUAAAUCGAAGAACAAAAAUAAUUUCUAUUACAAACCAAAUAAAUGAGGAUAAUGAUAAAGAUAUUCACGUCCUAGAAAAAGGCAACUUUCCCUUCCAAACCCAAGCAAAUAAAGAAACCACCAGUGGAAACCUAGAAGCUUCAAAAGAAUUUGAAACACCUCUUUACACAAGAGACAGUGGAAGCUUACAUGACUGUAACACCCACAAUGUUCUGGAUCUGCACAAGCAAAUCACUAGUAUAUACCCUGGUCAGAAUAAGUCCCAAAUUAGCAAAAUCCCUAGGCAGAAGCUAAGUCGCAAGACAGAAGUAAUUUCUGAAGUGAAUUGUUUUAGUAAUGACAGAGAUGUCCUUUGUUCAGAAAAGGAUGAGUCUUUCUUGCUACAAAAGGAUAAAGAGAUCCCUGGAACCUUGAAAGACGUAAGCGAGUUUGAUAAGCCUGCUUUUUAUAACAAUGAUAGUGUGAAGUCAUGUGAUUUUAAGACUGAACCAUUGUUGGGGUUGAAAAGACAUGACCCUAAUAUGCCACCUGCUUGUCAAGCUGACUCAAAGGUAGAUAAGAAGCUUAGACAAAAGGUGAAGCGAAAGACAGAAAUAAUUUCUAAAAUCAACCAGAUACAUAAAAAUGAUGAAGGAAGUGCACAUGACCCAUUAAAUAAGGAGCUCCGUCAGAAGGUUAGUAUAUCAAAAAUCAUUUCUGAAAUGAACCAAAUAUAUGAGACUAUUAAUGAAGAUGGGAAUGCCUUUAAAAGCUCGCUCAAACAUUGCCAAGAUGUUAUGAGUUGUGACUUUGGGAAAAAAACCAGUAACGAAGAGGAAAAUCAUGAUCUGACUUCAGAUCUUUGCUCACUAGUUAAGAAACCAAGGAAAAAGGUAUCAUGUAAAGCAGGGAACAGUUUGACAGGAGAUAAGAACAGGUGUAUUUUGCAGCUAACAGGUUCUUCACAGGAGUCUGUCACCUUGGACUCUGGCUUAAAACAUGGUCCAAAUGAAGCAGAUUCUGGCCCUGGAGAGCAGACUAACCUGUCAAAGAAGCAGAAACCAAGCACUGCGAGUACACUGGGAGACGCCUUCUCUCUGAGUGUGGUAAAAGAAGGAAGCCACCCAGCCAAGACAGGUAGUAAAGUGACAUCCAAGUCAAAGAAAAGAAAGACCCCUCUAAGAUCCUCUGAUACCCGUGGAGCGGUGGAGAUAACACCGAACACUGAUGGCAUUAAGGCAGUUUACUUCCAACAGACUGAGAAGGAGAACUAUUUGGAGAAUGAGAAAAUUGCCAAGAGUAAGCCAGACUUUCGCUCAAAGGUGUUGAAACCUUUAUCUGAGAUAUGUUCAUCUAACAUAAAGAAUUCUUCCUUGGGCAGUAUGUGUGAGAGUUCUGUGCCUUUGAGUACUUUUUCUAGUAAACCCCUGAUGCUAGAAGAAAGUUCUUCCCUGGACAGUACAUGCGUCUUUCCAGUAGGUGAUGGUGCCCAUGAAAAGUUAAAGGAAGGCGCUCCUACACCCCACCGCAGGACACAGAAGUCAAGACCAGGUAGCAGAACAUCCCUGGUCUUGGUGGAUAACAGUUCUGUUUCUAGUAACACUGCUAACCCUGAAAAUGAGUCAGAAAGGCACUCUUCACACCAGAUGAGAAGGAAAAGACAGUGCACCCCUCUCAACCUGACCGAACCAAGCCUUAGAAGCAAGAUGAGAAGAUGAAGUGCAGGUGAAGUGGAUACAGAUCCUAGUUUUUCCAAGUUCCCAAAGCACAAGUCAGAGCAGAAGUAUAAGUAGAACAUGAAACAAGUAUUCGGUUGCUUGAGUUUUGUACAUGAAGAAGUAUUCUGUUACCUUUUCUUUUCUUUUUUUUUUUUUUUUUUUUGGCCUUUCAUGGAUUAAUGCUUUCUCUAUUCUUACAUUGAGAUGUAUGUGCAUAAAAUAGCUGUAUCUUAGAUAAUAAACUUUCUUAAAAAACAUUUGUCAUCAC